CUUAUCUCUGUCUCGUACAAGGACCUCGACCCCUCAACGGAGCUACGCCGUUUCUUUGGCUCCCGUGUGAUUCAACAAAAUCAACCUGCCUCCAAUCGCAGACAUGCCCCUAUAUUACGAUCGCGUCUCACGAAACCCGGACCAAACUGGCCCCCACAGAACACACGUCAAGGUAUCGAAAUGCGAGAACUAACUAUCGAGGAAGUGCAGGAGCUUGUAGAACGGAGGAGAUGGACAAAAGGUGAUGGGAGUAUUGGAGGACGAUGGUGGACAGCGCAACAUUCGAAAGCGUACAAAAAUGUCCAGUAUCAGUUUUUGCAAGCUGUUCAGAGUCACGAUCCCAAUUCUCUCAUGGCACUCUUGCAAGUGUACCCAUGGCAUGUCGAUACUCUCCUUCAGCUGUCCAACGUGGCGACGCAUCAAGGAGACCUGACCCUCGCCUCUGAGUUCAUCGAGCGUGCUAUAUUUGGGUUCGAGCGCUGCUUUGUGCCUGCGUUCAACCUUUCCACUGGAAGUGCACGAUUAGACUUCGACCACAUCGAGAACCGCCCGUUCUUCAUGGCCGUAUCGAAAUAUGUCGCUCAUUUGCAGCGGCGUGGAUGCCCGCGAACGGCUUUCGAAUUCGCGCGGCUGUUGUUAGCGCUCGAUCCAGUUGGAGACCCGCAGGGCGCCUCUCUAUGGCUCGACUAUCUCGCGAUCAAAGCCGGACAAGGGCAGUUCAUCAUCGAUAUGUGGGAUCAGUGGAACUCGGCCAUUCCCGCAGGGGAGAUGUAUCCCGAUGCAGACGUGCUCAACGUCUUCUUUCUUCCCGGUUGGGCAUACGCACGUGCGCUGGCGGAAUAUGACGUCGAAACGGCUCGGGGAGAUACCGAGCAUGAGAAGAGCACCAAUGCCCUUCGACACGCUGUGUGGCAGUUCCCGAUGGUCGUGCCGGUGCUAGCUGACAAGGCGGGGAUCACAUUAAGUGCCGAGAUCAGGGCACGCAAGCCGUUCCAGAUACAAAUGGGAUACUACAACGAUAAUUCUUCAACGCUGCAUCUUCUUGCACAUCUGUACGCGCACCGGUCCAAUUCGCUUUGGAAGAAUGCGCCCUACAGUAACUGGUUCACCGAUACUGUCUCCACCUGCCUUCAAGACCUCGAUAAACCGUAUCAUGUUCUAACCGAAACGCACAUGAAGAGACGGCCGACACCGCUCUGGAUCUGCAGGCACCUCGUUGUCGCAGAUCUCAAUUCUCUCUUCUCUUUUCUUCCUCCAGCCGUAACACGCGAUGUCGGCAUGGGGUACGAUCCCCUCCCGCCUGCGACCAGCAUCAGCAACUACGAUGAUGCGUACUUUGAAGUUGGCGAUGGCCGUGCUGGUGGUAGGGGAUGGCAGAGGGUGCUUGCUGGUGGUGAGGAGGGCCAGGAAGGGUUCAUGGCAAGAUUGGCGCAAUUGCUAGGCGGAGAAGUCGGAGGGGAUGCUGAGAAUGUCGCUUUACAGCAAGCCCUAAUGGAACAUAUCGCUCAACAGCAAGAACAAGCCCGUGCCGCCCACCGAGCGCGGGAAGGUGCGGGCAUAGCCCCAGGUGCCUGGGAAGCGCCCGACGAAGACGCGGCUGACCCUGAUCAUCCAGAAGGGGAGAUCGAUCCGGUGCAGCCGGACGGACAGACGGCGGGGCAAGGAGGGAUGAGGGGUUUGUUUAACGCAUUUAUGGGAAGGCUCUGGGCACAAGCGUCGCAGCAUGAAGAGGAUGAAGAUGAGGAUGAGGAUGAUGAGGAUGAGGAAGACACGGAUGAAGAAGUG